UUCCGCACUCCUUGCUGUUUACCAAGGGCAAAACAUGGCGACGCGGGGCAGGAGAGCUUGCGAGCUCUUCGUUUCUAAAAUACCAUGGACCAUAGCAAACAAAGAGCUUAAGGAGUACUUUAUGCAGUUUGGCCCAGUGCAGAGGGCUUUUCUUUCAUUCAAUCAAGACACAGGCUUCCACAAAGGCUAUGGCUGGGUAGGAUUCAAAACAGAGGAAGGAAUGAACAAGGCACUGAAGAAUGAGUCACACAUCCUGGACGGAGAAAAGAUCUACGUUCAGACUAACAAAUAUAAAUUUGCAGCUCUGCAGACGGACAAAGACCGUCAAGACAGUGAAGCUGACACUGAAGCUCUGUAAUAUGCUGUGUGACAGAAAAUGUGCUUAUUGUUAUUCUCUGGCUAUACUUGACCAGUAUACCAGGGAUGACAUUUCCAUAUAUUUCCAUUCUAAAGUAUUUGUUCCUCUUUUUGUACACCUGCAGUGCAUUUAGGCUCGAACAUUGUUACCAUUAUUUUAAUGUGUUUUCCAGUAAAGUCUUCAUAUAUUGUCAGUGAUAUAUUAUACUUCCUGUAACCUAUCACACAACAUCAACUGUGCAUUGCUUACUUGUAAGGUUUAUGAACCAUGAUUCACUAAUGGCAAUAAAAACUGUUUAAAUCCA